AACAACACCAACCAAAUAUCAUAUAUAAUAAUGUUUAUGUUAAUCUCUUAACACUCAGAAUUUACACACCAGCUACAAACGUUAACAUCUUCUCAUAAUCAUAGUCACUUUGUGUUGAUUUUCAUUGAGAAAUUCAUCAUCAUGGGUGUACAAACUCAGGAGUAUGCUACCCCUGCUGCUGUUCCUCCUGUUAGGCUCUUCAAAGCCAUGUCAUUAGAGUUUCAUAAUCUCUUCCCAAAGCUUGUGGAAAUAAUCCAAAGUAUUGAGUUCACUGAAGGAACUGGUGGUGCUGGAACAAUCAAGAAGCUCACCACAGUUGAAGGUGGAGAGACCAAGUAUGUGCUACACAGAGUGGAUGAAAUUGAUGAAACAAAAUUUGUGUACAACUUUAGCAUUAUUGGGGGCACUGGAUUGGCUGACACAUUGGAAAAAGUCUCAUUCAAAAGCCAAUUGGUGGAAGGACCAAAUGGUGGGUCCAUUAGGAAUGUACAUGUUGAUUAUUUUACCAAAGGUGAUUAUAAUCUAAGUGAGGAGGAAUUGAAAGCUGGUAAAGCAAAGGUUGAAGGACUUGUAAAGCUUGUUGAAGGUUACCUUUUGGCAAAUCCUGAUUACUGAAUAUGUUUAAUUAGGGUUAAUAAGAACUUGGCUAUAUGGUGCAAAUUAAUAACAGCCAGAUCAAGGUUGGGUUGUAAGAUGAAAGCCUAAGUAUGAGUUAUGAGAAUGAUUUUGUAUUUGAAGAAAAUUGAUGUGUUGCAAUUCGAGUGUUAAGAUGUAAGAUGAACACAAGUUGAUUAAAGAUGUUUGAACCUUACAUUUUUUUUUUUUUUUAAUAUAAGAUGAAAUAUUUGGUAAUUGACUGAGUGAGUGAUGGACCAAAGAUUGGAAGGGAUGUAUUUUAUUUAAUUAGGAUUUAUAAGAACUUGGCUAUAUGGUGCAAAUUAAUAAA